AUGGGCUGCGAGUUAGCUGUGCAAUUUGAAAGGCAUUUAGAACACCUUGGCACAACCCAUAUACCGCCUCCAGUUUCUGAAGACACCGAGAGUGAAGAAGAAAGGAAAAGAAGGGAGUCCUCAUGGAAAAUGAUGAAAUACAGUUUUGCCGCUUUCGGAGUUUCGUUCGGAUUGUUGGGAUCAUAUCUUCUCUAUGAUUUAGGAUCUCCAAAGAGAGACGAAAAUGGAAAUGUUAUUGAAGAUGAAUUUACCCAUAAGCCCCUAAUACAACAAUUUUUUGGACGAAUGAUGAAGGAAUUGGAUUACUACAAAAGGAUGAUUCGAGAACCUUCAAGAGACAAAUUGUUACCUGAUCCACUUCAAUAUCCUUAUAUUCAACCUCCAUAUACUUUGGUGCUUGAAUUGAGGGAUGUGUUAGUUCAUCCAGAUUGGACAUAUAAGACUGGAUGGCGAUUUAAGAAACGACCAGGUGUGGAUCAUUUCCUUGAGCAAGUAGCACCCCCUCUAUUUGAAAUAGUAGUUUUCACAGCAGAACAGGGCAUGACUGUAUUUCCUAUUCUGGAUGCAUUGGAUCCAAACGGGUAUGUUAUGUACCGACUAGUUCGAGAUGCAACGCACUUUGUUGAUGGACACCAUGUAAAAGACUUGGAUCGACUGAAUCGAGAUUUAAGCAAGGUGAUUGUGGUGGAUUGGAAUAGUGACUCAGUCAAGUUCCACCCUAGAAACACUUUAUUAUUACCAAGGUGGGCAGGGAAUGAUGAUGACCAGACUCUAGUCGAUUUGGCUAAUUUCUUAAGAACCAUAGCUGCUGCAAAAGUGGAGGAUGUUCGAGAAGUUUUGGAUUACUAUCAUAAUUUUGAUGAUCCUAUCGAGGCAUUCCGUGAAAACCAAAGGAAGCUCAUUGAACAAAUGGAGGCAAAGGAAAAACAGUUAAAGGAAAGUUCAUCCCGUAACUCAUUGGCGCAUCGAUGGACUCCAAAUUUCUUGCAGACUCGAAGAUUAUAGACGUAGUUGUACCUAUGAGUGUUUGCCAUGCUUCUUUCCAUUCAUUGUGUAUCUGCGUGUACAGUUGAAAAUAAACGUUCUCCUCUUUGUUUUAGGAUUGACAUUAAAUUGUUUUUAUAUUAUGUCCAAAUGGCACACUUUCUUUUGUUUGUAUGGUAAUGUUGCAAGUUUUGUAUGUCUCUCUUGUGUGAAGUAGAAUGUCUUGUAGUUAAAAUAUCAAUGCAAUGAAUGUUGAAACUGUACAGAUGGUUAAGCAGUAGUUGAUCAAAUAUAAAUAUUGUUAUUAUGUUUGUCAGUUCAUUGUCAAUCUCGUAGAGCAUAACUCCCUGAACAAAGUUCAACUUAUGUCAUUAUCAUGUUUUGUAUGAAAAUGUUUUUUCCCUGUCUAUGACAUACCUGUUUGGUGAAGUGGCAAGAUUAGACUGUUAUUUCUGUAAAAAUUUGGUGAGAAGUGUAUGCUUUUCCUAGGACUGGACUGAAGUUUUGCAAGUAUGAGUGGUUGGUGUCUUUUCGAGAAUUAAUAAAGGGUUGCUAACAGUACGAAAUUUAGGUUGAUAUUGACACAUCCACAUUGAUUAAUUGAAAAGAAAAUUAGUGUUGAGCAUGUGAUGCAAAGUUAGCCUGGAAAAUGAACUUUCUAUUUGGUAAGAUCUGUAUCACUUGUGGCCCGUGUAUAGCUCAAAAGCAUGAAAGUCAUUUGACAAUUGAUUGUUUAUAAAUAAUUAACAGUAGGAAAUUAUCAAACAUAGACUUCUGAAGAUAAGAGUUCAUGUACAUUUCACAAAAUGCAUUAAAGAAAUGCAACCAAAAUACUGUGUUCAUGUUAAUACCUAAUCUUGGAGAAGAAAACAAAUCCUAUUUACCAAGUCAAUGCAGUAGCUUUUAGUUUUGUGAGUUUUGAAAGAAGUACGUGUGAAUUAUUGAAUCAUCAAAGUGUCUCAACAGUCAUCAUGGAUUUGUUAGUGAAACAAGUCUACAUUUGGUGUAUGAAAAAUUCUUAAUAUUCUUACAAUUAAAACUUAUGUACAGUUAUAAGAUUCAUUAAAUUCAGCUCACCUGAGGAAAAUCAUUCUGCUGUUAGGUAUAGAAAUGGAAGAUUUUGUCUUCUAGGAGAAAGUGUUGUUAAUAUUUACUUCAAAUUUAGCUUUGAGGGAGAAAA